GUUCGUACGCGGUUCGUAGGUAAAUUGUAUCACGAUUCACGAUAACAAAUUAAAACUUUAUCGAUGUCAGUACUCGGUUCCAAGCAGAUAAAGGAUAAUCAGCGUACACUGAUAACAGGUCCACACACGCCUGUAUACUGAAGAAGCGUCUCAGAGAGUUAAAAUGGAUCGAAUUCUGCUACACAACAAGGUUAAGCUUUUAUUUGAAAAGCUUACUGAUCCAAACUUUGCGAUGAACAGUUAUUAUGUCGAUAAUUUCUUUAUUAAGAUGCACAGCAACGAUGAUGAAGAUGUUCUUCAUUUGAAAUCAUUACCAUGCAUCAUACCAACACUGUUAGUGGACAAAUGGAAGAACAUUGACACAUACCACAAAACUGUUAAAGUUUUCCUCGUGAGGCUAUUAGGACUAUUUGUAGAAAGUGAAGUAAGCUAUGCUAGAAUAUUCACAACUAUUGGAAAUGACAUUGCAAAAGAUAUGAAACAGAUCAAUUCACCAGCUAUAGAUAACAGCCUGCGUGUAGCGUACAUGGAGGUAGCUCUGUCCCUGAUGAAUCACAACUCUGGAGCCCUAUGGGUUAUCCAAAAUGAAAUCUGGAAAGAAAUCCUGCAGAUGAGCUACAAAAAAAAAACAGUGUUUGUUGUACGACAGACUAAUAAGUUUGUAUCUUUGUUUGUGUGGAGAUUGAACGAUUCGGGAUCUCUAUCGCAACUCAAAGAAGUUGUUUCUGCCCUAUUAAAGCCCAUUUUGGGUAUCGAAUGGCUCAAAGUAAGUACCAUAUCUACGGAAGAGGAGGACGAGCUCUGUAAAACGAUUGAGCCUAUGUUGCACCUCCUGCUAUCUGUAAUGAGCGAUAAAGAACAUAUCAUACAAAGUAAUCAUGUUAUUGAAUAUUUUUUGGAGAACAAUGUCUUGACUCAUUUUUAUCUCGUGCUAGAUAGGUUGAGGCACGAGGAAACCACUCUAAUUUUAUGCAAGCUGCUAUUUUGGAUGACUAUUGCAAAAAUGUUUCAUGCCAAACCUUUGAAUUCGACCGUCCAAUAUGGAAGAGAAGAUCUAAUUGAAAUCAGUGUGGGGUUCUUUAACACACUCAAUUUUUUUAUUUCACGUCGUGACACGAAUAUUAUAUUCGAUUAUAGCAUAGCUUGUAACUUGAUUUGGGCUUCAGUUUGGCCAAAUAAUAAAGUGGCCUCUUGGGAGCAGGGCGACAGAAAGAUACAAGUUCACACACAGCUCCUAGUCAUCUGCCUCGUGCCAUGUCUUACGUACGCUAUGUACGAUAAAACAUUGCGUCCAGAUUUUGAGGAUAAAAUUAAUGAUGGUAUUACCAAAAUUGUUGAGGGAGCAUGUGAACACACCGCCCGCACCUCAUAUUGCUUACGAGAUUUAAUUCUACAGUUGGAUAUACAGACCCUCACUUUGCAGAGUGUUAAGCGAUUGACGUGUCUAAAGCAACAUUUAAACGAUGACCAGGCCAAUUCGUUGUUCAAAGUCCUCUUCUACGUGUUUAAAAAAUUUGAUCCUUUGAAUGAGUCGGGAGAGUUGAUACCUCAAGAUUUUUCGGAUGACCAGGAGAAAGUUCUGAUAAUGUACCAUGUGAUAGACACGAUGCUGGCGUUGGUGACGAACUAUAACAUAGUGUGGCAUGAAAGUUUCGAGGUGCUGUGUUUGUAUGGUGCCGUUUACGAUACAUUGAAACGACCGAAUUUAAGCGCUAAGUUCGUCGUAACCGCCUUAAACGUGAUAUCGGUGACUAUCAAGAAGUUUUUGCCGCCAAACUUGUCGCUGCUCCAGGAGUCCAGUCCGGGAUCUCCUAUGAACGACCUCGGCGCGCUGAUCUACCUCAAGAUGUCAGACUUCCACUGGGAGGUUCGCGACUCGGCGCUCGAGUUGUUGCUCGUUUGCACCGAACUGUCGUACAUAAAAUUCCCGCCGUUCCAAAGGCAGAUACUGUCGAACAACCUCAUCAACCUGGCCAUGACGAUCGCGCUCAACGACCACGAGACGUACGUGCGAGUGUCCGCGCUCAAGUGCCUGGCCGCCGCCAGCAGGGUCGCCAGCUACUGGGACCAGCUCAAGACGGAGUAUCCCAAUGUUCAGGAGCUGCUUUUGGCGAUACUCUCAAACAGCGAAGAAGGUAUGGUGCGGAAGGAGGCGUGUAAUGUUCUCUGUGAGAUAUACCAAAACGUCAAACUGUCUCCCAACUUCAAAGUUACCCUCUACGACCGCAUGGUGGCUUCAGCCCUCAGCGAAUUUCACUGGGAAGUGCAAUUAAACGCGCUCAAAUUCUGGAAGGUAGUCAUACAGUGCUUCCUCAAAGACCAGGGCAUGCUAGACGGCACAUUCCCACCAGUAACCUUCUCAAAAGAAACGAGAAAGAUAGUUACACUGAACGAGAAAGAAAUACAGAAGAGAUUAACUCGAAUGCUAGAAGAGUUGGCCUGUAUAGGCUGUCUCACCGUAUUAGUCAAGUUAUUACAUGAUGAGUAUACCGAAGUAGACAUUAUGGAUGCGGCGUUAUCGAUAUCCACGGAUAUAUUGAAUAUUCUAGACAAGUACAAUGUACCGAGCUGUUUGAAACCAAACGAGAACGAACCGAAAACGGUAGAAGACUUAAUGAAACAUGUGAAAAUAGAUCUUAUUAGUAAUGAUAGUAUGGCAGACGAACCACAAAAUUUGUCCAAGUCGGACAACGUUAUAGAAAGUAUAUUAGAUUCUAACGAUAUCAAUUUACUGUCGCACAUAUACGAAAGACAGAUGAAACUACAGGGCGACGAAAGUAGUUAUACGCACAGAAAUCAAACGAGAUUCUUAAAAUUUGCCUCACCGUACUUGUAUGUUACGUACAUGAAAAGUAAAGAUUUCAAAGAGAUCAUUGAACAGAAGAAGAACUGGAAUGAUGGUAUCAAAAGUCUGUCAUCAUUGUUAGAUGAUGUUUUAGGUAUUUAUGAAGUGAACGAUGAAGUCAACGCAUUAGAUUGUUACUGAAAUUAUAUUUUUCCACUCAGGAAUUUAUUCCAAAUAUACAUUUAUGUUUUGGU